AUGCCGUCGCACAAACGAGCAAUAUCUGGUGAUAGCGGUGAUGAACCGCUAGCUAUUUUACAUCGUAUCCGCAACAUGUGGCAAUUCGCCAACCUGUGUCAGUGGAUAUACAUGUUUGGCAAGGCUGCGAAGAUUGAUGAUGCCAUCGACAUUGAGCGUAUCGAACCGUAUGGAUGGGACAAACACGACCGAGUGUAUUAUGUGUUGGACGACAACAGAAUAUACCGAUUUACAGAACCACAAAGCAAUGACCCUCAACUAAAACCCAGAAAGACGAAGCAGUACCGGACUGGUCGCCGAGUAAGCAAGAGACGACGCAUAGCGUCAUCUUGUGAAGACGAUGUUGAGGAUUUGAGUAACAGACAAUAUGAUUCACAGCUUCCCGAGGAUGAUCUUGGUGGAGGGACUUGGGAAUGCAUUGCUAUCACGUUGCAAGAAACCAAGGCUUUCAUAGAAACAUUGGCGAGAACUCGUGAUGGAAAUGAAAAAACAUUGCGAAAACAGCUAGAAAUGCAUUUACUACCGAUCCUUGAAAAGCAGGAGGAAGCGACGAAACGACGAGAGCUCCAGCGAGAACGCGAGUUGUUAAACAUGGCCAAGAUGGCAAAUGCCAAAAGGUCGAGUCGAAUUGCCGAUAAGGUGGAAAAGAAGAAGAGAGAUGUAGAGGAAAAGGAGGAACAGCGUCAGAGGUUAGAAGCCGAGAGAGCCGAGCACCGGGAGAAGCUUGCCCAGCUUAAGCUUGAGCAAGAGCGCGAUUCCCGCAUGUAUGCUCGCCAGCGUCGUUUGAAGGAGAGAGAAGCCCGUCGCAUGCGCCAUGAAGAAGAGCUAGCCCAAUUGUCUGAGGAUAGCAAGCACGCUCCUGAGGCCGCACGCAUCUCUGAGCGACGCCUUCAUGCCGAGAUCCAGCGAAAUCAACAAGCACUAAAGGACAUUGAACAAGAAGAAGACAACUGGGUCUUUGAUUGCAUUUGUGGAUUACAUGGCCAGGUUGAUGAUGGUACUCACAGCGUUGCCUGCGAAUCUUGUAACGUUUGGCAGCACAGCAAGUGCCUAGGGAUCCCUGAAGACGAAGCAGACCAAAGCGAGUUCCAUUUUGUUUGUUCGUCUUGCAGGCGCCGAGACGAUGACAAGAAUACAUCACCAAAGACUAUCAUCAAAAUCAAAGUUCGACCGUCGAAGACCAUGUUGAACGCUCCAACAAGGGUGGAUGCACACACGGUAUCGGAAGUGAAACAUGAUUCGAUCAUCUAUUCGGGUCAAGGUCAUUCGGCGGAUAAGCCAUCAUCUUUAGUGUUACAGAGGAAAACUCAGCGCAACGGGUUGGUAAUGGUCUCCAAUCAACCGCCAUCUCAAGCGACAAUAUCCAGACUUCCUUCUAAUAGAGAUGUUGAGUCUUACAAGUAUUGCAAUUCUUCAAACAAGGCGUCUCGCAAUAUUUCUGGCCCUACAGCGCUAUCUGAAAGUCAACCCGUCGCUACUUAUGGUUCGUCUACUGCAAAGCAGGACGUCACCAGGAAUGCACAGGCCGGAGGAUUAGCUCAGCUCAGUUUGCCCAUUGUGGACACAAAGGCUCCAAUUGAUGCAGGUGAAUCCCUUUCUUCAGCACCCUAUUUGGCACCAGGGGAUAGCAAAUACUCGGCCCUACGUCUCAAUCAAACCGGUUGUUCUCCUUUAACACAACAAUCACCAACAAUCCUCAUGCCGGUCACACACACAAAGGACAAUCUUGGAUCAUGCAAAGAGGCCGCUGAGGAAAGAAAUUCACCGUCUGCACCUGAUUCACUAUCGGUCUCCAUUACAUCAUUUGCGGCUACACCAGGCUUUGUAUCAACGCCAAUAAGGCCGAACGAAGAACACGAGGCCGGUUAG